GGUUUUCUGGCGUUUGUUGUCGUUUUGCUGAGUUAGUUUUGAUGUCUGCAUUAAAGGCACUCCGCGAGCGGUCGCUCAACAAUUCAAAAUCCAGUGAUCAGAUUUUUCCUGUGACCUUUAAGACAUUUAAAAGGCUAAUAGCAAACCUGUCGAAAAUCGCAACGGCUCUACGAUCCGCCGAUGGAAACCACAAAACCGACGACGAGUGGGCACAUUGGUAUUAUGAAGCUUUUUACAGAGAUCCAAGUAUUCGAGAAAAGUAUAAGUUCGAAGUGGCUCCUUGUCCUCAUCAUAUACGAGAAAAGUUGCUCACGGUACCUGAUCCUGAACUGAUCAUGAAUGCGGGUAAACAGAAAGAGAUCAACCAGCCAAUAUCAAAACAAGAGGUCAAUGCUACAAGCGAAGCGAAUAAGUUGCCAGGAAACCUAAAACUAGGAUCUGAAGAUCAGAUAGUUAAAGUAAACACGCUUGGCACCUUUGUAUUUCCGGUGUCCUUUCGAACUUUUGAGGGCAACCUUAACAAAAAAGUGGUGUUCCUCAAGAUCAUCAAGAACAGACAGCAUGGUCUAAUGCUGUUGGGCAAUUAUGGGUAUUGUCGUAGUACCUUAAGAAACUUUUAUAACCGCUACUACAUAUUCCCACGAUUUCGUGAAAAGACCAACUAUUUCAAAGAAGUUCCAUCUACUCCUUUGGCCAAGUUACUGGAAUUUGGCAGAGCUUAUGAUGACAUAGCAGCCAAAACUGUGCGGAAUCAUGAGUUAAUUUCCCAUAAAAUCGAGUCUUUACAAGAUUCAAAAAAUAUUCCCCUCAAGCUGUGUCAACAUCCAGAUCCAAACAUAGUAAUAGAUUUAACAGAACCCCACAACGAGACAGCCAACCAAGUUUUAGAAGUAUCGAAAAACGCUAAAGAACCACUAAGAAACGAUUUGAUAUGUAGGCCACCCGUUUCUAUAAAAAUGUUUAGGAGUCAUGUUAGCAAUCUUAAGGAUAUCGUUCACCAAAUGCUUCAAUGCGUUGAAUACCAUGGAAAAUCUGAGGAGUCAUGUAUCCAAGAGUAUUACAAAGGUUUCUAUUCUAGACCAGAAAUGCGGGAAAAGUUUGUUCCUCGUCUUAAAGCAUGCCCCGCCAAGUUGCGGGAAAAAUUGCUAAGCUUUCCACCGAAAUUGAAUGAGCAAUGUUCAAAGGAAGCGGCUUGCCAAGAGAAUCCCAACUCGGGCAAUGAAAUUGCGAACACUAAUAAAGAAGUUCCACCGCAGGAAAGUAAUACGACGAAUACCUCAAGAUCUGGGAAUCAAUACUACGACGAUACCUUAAUUCGCUUAUCAAAUAAUCAUUACCAAUUUCCCGUGUCGUUCCGAACUUUUAAGCUUUAUGUUAACAGCGAUGAGUUGAUGGAUCAGCUUGUCAACGACUCUUUUGGAAAGACUAACACUGCAGAGCAGCUAGCCGAGAUUCGUAAAGAUAACGUCAGAUGUGUUCGCCUGCUUCACAGGUUUUUCCACUCAUUUUACGUUAAAAAGGAUAUUAGAAAUCGUUUCAAAUUUAACUUUGCUGCUGCGCCCUCUGAGAUGGCCCAAAAACUACAAGAGUGGGCGGUGCUUAUUUCUGAUUCGGAAGAUCAGAAACAGUCGCAGUCCAUAAGAAUAUCUCAGCCUGAAUCAAAAGGUCAAGCACCAGAUGAACAAAAGAAAGGAAGGCAAUGUCCGAACGAGUCUUAUGAAGCACGGAAAUUGGAAUUAGCUUCAAAGACAAAGAUUGAUUUAGUGCAAUAUAUUCCCGAUAACUUAUAUGCAUAUUUAUGCUCUGAUUGCAAAAGCCCGCAAGAGAGGGCAAUUCUUGAAAACGAAUUUUUGGAAUACCUCUUAACUCAAAAAGGAGGUUCAUUCAUGCAUGAUCAUCUGAUAGCACAAGUUGCAACCCCAGCAACUUCACGUUCAAAUGCAGUUGAAAUAGGCAGCAUAGUUCAUUUUAGGCCACCAGCAGCCGAAGAGCUUGAAAGUGCUUUGGAACAGCAUGAGUUCCUGAAAUGUUCAAAGGAAGGCAAAGCUACGUCUGUUUUAAAAACUCUGCCUCAGACGUCCAGUUUAUCAGAAUGUUCUCCGAACUGUUCAAGAAGCUCAUCGAAAUGUGAUACAGGAAACAAAGACCGAUCUUCCACAUUUUUAGAGAAAAACCUAACAAAUAAAAAUUUGGAUUUUCCUGUGGAAUCAACCGCUUUGCAUGUUCCGAUAUUAGAGAAGCAAAUACUCAUAGAGAAAGCAAAGGAGCGAACAAUUGACUUGGAUGGCAGCCAAAAUCAGAAUAUACAACCCAUCUUCUCGAGCGAAGAUGCCUUCAAUCAGGAAUCUAGUGGCACACCUACUCAGCCUACUGAGUCGACUUUCGUCAACGUGGCAACUGGAAACCAAGCUUACCAAUCGACAGAAAUUCCAAGCGAUCUACCAAUGGCCGCGGGAAUCGCAGAUGUGUGCCAAUCACCAAAAGAGCCAAUGUCCUUAAACGUGGUUACAAUUAAGCAGGAACCCAUUAAAUUCCUUAGCAACGAACGUUGCGUUUGCUACACCGAUGAUUGCCAAUGGGAAAAAAUUGAUUCGGAGGAGCAAAUAAUAGACUUGGAUGGCAGCCAAAAAGAGGAAACGAGCUUGCUCUGCUUUUGCAUUUCGAAAUUAAAAGAACAGAUGCCUGAUAAGAUGGGUAAUUUGCUGCUAGAAGAAAGCUUGUUAGGAAACAAUGAUAACGCGGACGAGGACGUGGCUGCAGCCACCCAAGAAGUGGAUACCGAUGAUUUCCCAUGUACGUCAGAAACGAAACGAAAAAGCGAAUCAACCAGCGAGGCAGUGCCAAUCAAACGAAUAAAACUGGAAGACGAACAGGUGCCGCAGGUGAGGCAUGGGUUUUCAGACCUGCCGUUGAAUGCAAUGGUGCGUAUAGAGUCUGAAGGCGCUAAACAUGUCGAUCCAUCCGACAACACUUCACCUCAGCCAUUAGCGCCCAACAUCACUCCCUCGCAGGAAUUUGCUACCGGCAACACACUCUUGGAGUCCACCCAGCUACACAUGCUCCUGGACUCCACAAAUAUUAACACUCGCAAGGUAAUUGAAAAGGAAGUCAACAGUGCUUCUCUUGGAGUUUGUGAUCAAGCCCCCUCUCGGGUUUGUAAUCAAGCACUACAGAGCAGUGUUAUAUUUCUUGAGCUGCAGCGAUUCAGCUUUUUUAAAUCGCUUACCGUUCCGCAAAUAAUCAGGAACCGCAUUGAAGGACACCUAGAGGGUGCCUGCUAUCAGGAGGCGUUGGUCAAGAUUGACGGGAGACGUAGUUAUUUGCGAGGUCCUCUGCUGCAGAGUCUUUUUCCCCACUUGUCACCCACGUUGCGAUCUGAUUUGGAGCAUUUGCUGCGCAACAUGGAGGAGUUCUCCUACCAUCGCUUCUGGAAAGCUCAUACAAAUUCCACCCUGGAUCUCCGCACACGGGUUUUGUAUGUUUUUAUGGACGUGGCUGCGAAGUUCGGGCCAUUUCACGUAAUGUUUGAUAAUAAUACGAAAGAGUGGGCUACCUGUAGUGAAAUAGUCAGAUGGGAAGAUGAGGAGGCAGUGAAUCAGGGGAACCCCUGCAACGUAACGCAGUUCAUCAACCCGUGCAUUUUGAAGCGGAUUAAGGAAUUAAAGGAGAUAAUGGGUUGAUCUCAAGUCAGAGGCUGUGACGAUCUUAGAUCUGGACACAUUAACUGUAUUAUUUAAAAUUUAAUCACCCAAAGAAGUUAUUAGAAUUAUAUCGCAGUUAAAAUAUGUUGAAUUUUCAUUUGUAAUUUUCACUAAGAGUAGAUUAAAAAUACUUAACAAAUAAGUUGGAAUUUGGAAAGUAACUUUAAAAAAACAUUUAACGAAAGAAUUAAUUAUAAAAAUUGGUGGUAUAUAUACAAAAAAUUGUAUUUUGAAUAAAUAAGUUUGAAUUUGAA